AUGACCGCAGAACUUGGAGGAGGACCGAUCCUAGACCGUGACAAUAUCAUAAAUGUGCGCGAGGGCGAGUCAUUAUACCGACUAUGCAUCAACCUCAGAAGGCGCUUGUCCGGCGUACCUGGCUUUCGACAGUAUAUCGAGGAGAUGGAGGAGCGGGAGAACGAUGGCGCGGAUCCGGUUUCGUCACUAUGGCAGUGCUUCAGGAGUGGAACUCCUUUGCUAGCCAUUUACAAUGCUUCAAAUCCAGAGUCGGGCGACCUCACAAUCAACACAAAUCUACCAGAGAAGAAGUGGGGAAAGGCGGCGGCAGCACUAUUCAUCAAGUCAUGUAUGCAGCAGAUGCACAUCGCCUCAGCCGACACCUUCACCAUCAUGGAUCUCUACAGCGACAACACCACAGGCUUCCUCAAGGUCAUCAAGCUGGUUGAUCGUGUGCUCGAUAUUCUGCGACUAAGCGGCAAGUUGGACGUAGCCACGGACUCCGAGCCCUCACGAGAGGGCACCGACAGCCCGGCCAGCAUCGCAGAGAAGCCGAAAAUGACGAGGAGGCAAUACAUUUUGCGCGAACUGGUAGAGACCGAGCGACAAUAUGUACACCAUCUGCAAAAUCUACAGGCGUUGAAGAAAGAGCUGGAAGAAAUUGGAUCGUUAAAAGGAGACGCCAUACACAACAUGUUUCUGAAUCUGAACAAUAUUCUGGACUUUGCGCAGCGCUUCCUUAUUCGAGUUGAGCAACAAAACGAACUGCCUGAAGAACAGCAGAAUUGGGGCGCCAUGUUCGUCCGCUACAAGGACCCCUUCCGACAGUACGAGCCCUUCAUCGCCAACCAGAAGCGUUGCGAGGCAACACUGCAAGCCGAAUGGUCUCGCAUGUGUGAGACAAGCAAAUCUCCCCUCGCCAAGAAGAUGCUUGCCAAUCCGACCAUUCUCAAUGGCUUCCUCCUCAAGCCAUUUCAGCGACUGACGAAAUAUCCUUUGCUGCUCAAGGAUCUUGAGAAAGUGACCGAUGAGCAAGAAAAGAAGGACGACCUGGGCAGCGCUGUAGCUGUCAUUCAAGACGUCCUAAUGCAGGCAGACGCAUCUAUCGACAAGGAGACCCGAGACGAGGCUGUUCUCGACCUCCAAGAACGCAUCGACGACUGGAAGACGCUCCAGAUCGGCGCUUUCGGCGAGCUGCUCCUUCUCGGUAGCUUCAUGGUUGCUAAAGAGGGCAACGCGGUCGGAAUGCGCUCAGAAGACAAGGAGUACCACAUAUACUUGUUCCAACGAAUCCUGAUCAUGUGCAAGGACAUCAACCCGAGCAAACCCAAGAACUCACUGAAGAUGGGCAGCAAGCCUACAUCAAGUCGGAACGGGAAACCCAAGAUGAGUCUAAAGGGUAGAAUCUACCUCAUCAAUCUCACAAAUAUUACACCACAGUCAAGUCCCGGGCACUAUACGUUGCAGAUCUCAUGGCGGACAGAAACUACUUCGCAGGACACUUUCUUGGUCAAGUUCAGAAAUGACGAGAUGCUUCAACGAUGGCAUACCGCCUUGGAAACUCAGCGAUCAUCGAGUCUAUUCGAGCAAAAGCAAAGGGCGACAUCAGAUACACAUUUGCAGUCUUUGGCUGGCGCGAAGUUGGAGAAUCCGUAUGCGAACCAAGAGGACGAUGACGACUACAGAGCAUCGCAAUGGUCAGACACGACAUAUGUGGGCGGACAAUCAUAUUCAUCCUUCAACAUGAGCAGAAAUGCGUCCAGCACAAGUCUGCGAUCUCGAUCAGCGACCGGUGGAAGUGGCGAACGAAAUCCGCAUCUCUCACAGGGACAUCCACGGAUGCCCAAUGGUGCUGGAGGGCUGUCUCUGAACACGGCAGUGGCAGGAACGCCUUCCGACUACGGCAGCAGCAGCUCCUACUUCUCGCCCAUCGAUCGCGACACGCCUCCACAGUCAGCAUCAACAAGAUCAAGUUCACAAUCAGCGUUUGCAGGCUAUCAUAGAAACCACCCAUCGAUGAAUGGGCCGAUAAUGGGCUACCAGCAAGAUUCGUACCGCAACACGGCCCCAGCGUUGGCGCGAAAUGCGCCAAAUGGAAACCCGUACAUGCAGCAACAGCGCGGACAGCCAAGACCCGGCAUGCCAACUGGAACACAGUCGUCACAAAUGACUGCUCGGAUGCGAUCAGCGAGUAGUCCAGAUAUCCACCCGAACGUCCAGGCGAGCCGAAAAUACGUGUCUGGCGACGGCGUGCCGAAUGUCCCACCCAUUCCGUCCUAUGCCAAGCAGAUGGCGCCCCCGAGUCGCAGUCAGAACAAUUCGCCCAGCGGCGUGAACGGCCCAAUGCCCUUGCGACAGAACUCACAAGGCUAUGGAGUCCAACCCAGCAGCGCAUCACGCCCACCAAUGUCCAGCCACGGCUACACAUACGACCAAAGCUACGCCCAAGAUCCCAGACGGCAACAAGGCCACGUCUCCUCGCACUCGACAGGACGCCCGCUAUCACCCAUUCAACAAGGUGCACAGGUUGACAGCAGCCAAGAGAUCCCCAUGCCCAGCCAACUCAAAGCCAAAGUCUGCUACGAGAGCAACUACGUCUCAAUGAUCAUCCCUAGCAACAUCCAGUACCGCUCAUUGACCGAUCGCAUCGACGCAAAGUUGUCGAGAUUUACGAAUGAUUCGAUCGCCAGUGGGUCUGUAAAACUGCAAUAUCGUGAUCAAGACGGCGAUUUCAUCAUCAUUGAUGAUGACGACGGCGUGAAUGAGGCGCUGCUGGACUGGAAGGAGGUGAAUGUGGUGGGGAAUGGUGGAAGUGCGGAGUUGGUGUUGUACGCGACUGCCACGGGGGAGGCGGGUGCGUGA